CAUCUACGUGGGCAGGCCGGUAACUCCGCGCCGCGUCGCCCACUGGCUUUCUCCUCCCCCUCGCUCACGCGCGCCCCCUCCCCGCCGUGCUCCAGCAGCUGCAGACCUGCGCAGCGCUCGCCCACGCAGGCAGGCACCACCCGCUUCCAAAAUCGAAGGGAAAUUACUCGGCAACCAGCCCUAGACCCCUAGUAGUGCUGAGCUAGCUAGCAUCGCGCACCACCUCGCCACAGCACCCACGCACUGCAGCAGGAAGUGAGAGAAGAGAGAAAGAGAGGGGGAACUGGGGAAGGAAGGAUGGAUGGAGACUUGCAGCGCAGCCCACCCCCGCGCCCGCGCCGCACGCACGGCUCCCUCCGGUCCUCCCCAAAUUACAGACGACCCCGCAGGAGCAAGCCCAACCACCACUUAAACCCGACCACCACCGCCACCGUUACGCUUUAGCCCCCCGUCCAAACCCUAGAUCCCCUUCGCCGCGGUGGUGGCGCCCGCGGUGACCCGGCGUUGGCGGCGGAGGGGAUGGCGGCCGUGCCGGAGGACCUCCGCUGCAAGCGCUCCGACGGCAAGCAGUGGCGCUGCGGCGCGCCCUCCGUGCCCGGCAAGACCGUCUGCGAGAAGCACUACGUCCAGGCCAAGAGGCGCUCCGCCUCCUCCGCGCUCCGCGCAACGCUCCGCCGCUCAUCCGCCUCCGCCGCCGGCGGCGCGCCCGUCCUGCCCUUCCGCUCCACCGCCGCCGCGGCCCGCCUCGGCCCGCCGCCGAUGGCGGUCGCGAGGCCCGUCUACUCCAGGGUCGCCGGGGAGGCGGUGUACGUGGCGGAGCCCGUGCCGGCGCCGGCGCCGGCGUCGAGGGGCCCGGCGUACGACGGCCUGCCCCUGGGCAAUGCUGCCGGCGCGCGCACCGCGGCGGAGCUGGUCGGGAGAUGCCCGGCGUGGUCGACCGACGCUGGUCCGGCGGGGACGACGAGUUGCCACCAGUGCCGCAAGGCUGGGGCCGUCCUUUGGUGUUCCAGCUGCGACAGGAGAGGCUACUGCGCCGGCUGCAUCUCGAGAUGGUACUCUGACAUUUCGAUAGAUGAUGUUCGAAAGGUUUGUCCUGCAUGCCGUGGCAUUUGUAAUUGCAGAGUUUGCUUACAAGGAGACAACUUAAUAAAGGCCAGGGUGCAAGAAAUACCAGUUGUUGAUAAGUUGAGAUAUCUUCAUUGCCUUUUGUCACAUGUUCUUCCAGUACUAAAGCAGAUUUAUUCUGACCAAUGCUUUGAAAUAGGUGUUGAAACAAGAUCUUCUGGACCAAAGACAGAUAUCCUCAGAGCAAAGAUAAAUUUUGAUGAACAAAUGUGCUGUGAUUUUUGCAAAGUGCCAGUUUUUGAUUAUCACCGCCACUGUCCAAAGUGUCUGUAUGAUUUAUGCCUUGAUUGCUGUCGAGACAUACGGCGUUCUCGGGCCACUGUUGCAAGAGGAGAACAUACCGAAGGUCAUGUUGAAGAUAAAAGUAGAGAUUCUUUUAGUAGAAGAGCAAGACUGGAACCAUCUGCAGAAAGUGUAAAUGACAAGUCUUGCUAUCAGCCAAUGGAUCUAAAUAAUAUUGACAUUAGAUCUUUAGUCCCUACAUGGAGAGUCAGCAAUGAUGGCAGCCUCACUUGCGGGCCUCAUGAAGCUGGUGGCUGUGGUUCCUCAAAGCUGGUGCUAAGGCGAAUAUUCAAAAUUAAUUGGAUCGCUAAACUUGUAAAAAGUUCUGAAGAAAUGGUCAAUGGUUGCAAAGUACAUGAUCUGCAGGAUGGAUGUUUGUCUUACAUUGAUGGCAGACAGUUAGAGUUAAUUGGUCAGCAUGACCAUGGUCUCUCAAAAUGCUCAAACAGUGAUGAUAUUAGUGGGAAUUGUGUGUACUCUCCUGUAUUGGAGGACUUAAAACAUGAAGGCAUCAUGCAGUUUCGUAAGCAUUGGAUAAAGGCGGAGCCUAUUGUCAUCAGGAAAGCAUUUGAGCCUUCCCUGUCAUCAAUCUGGGACCCUUUAAGUAUUUGGAGAGGUAUCCAGGAGAUCAUGGAUGAAGAAAUGGAUGAAGAUGUAAUAGUGAAAGCUGUUGACUGCUCAAACCAAUCAGAGGUGGAUAUCGAGCUCAAACAGUUUAUCAAAGGUUAUUCGGAUGGCAACAAGGGGGGCGAUGGCCGCUUGUUGAUGCUGAAAUUGAAAGAGUGGCCCCAGCCCAGUGUCUUAGAGGAGUUUCUGUUGUGCCACAGACCAGAAUUUAUUGUCAAUUUUCCUCUUGUUGAUUUUAUUCAUCCUAGAUGGGGUCUCCUAAAUCUUGCUGCCAAGUUACCCCAAGAUGCAUUACAGCCUGAAGUAGGGAUGAAACUGCUAAUUGCAUAUGGAAGUCGUCAAGAACUUGGUAAAGGUGAUCCAGUGAUGAAUCUAACGAUUAACAUGGGUGAUGUGGUUCACAUGUUAAUGCAUGCAGUUGAAGUACGUAACCAAUAUCCCAAUAGGCCACCAUCUAAUGGAUCUGAAAGGAUUGCUAAUGGAACUAGUACGCAUGUAAAUGAUCACACUCCUGUUCCAGAUUUGGAUCUGAUUGUGGGGGAGCAAGAGUACAAACAUGCUAUUUCACAUUGUGAGGAGGCAAAAGCUAACAAUUUAGAAGGAUCACAGGCUGGUGCUGUCUGGGAUGUAUUCCGCAGGCAGGAUCUUCCAAAGCUUAAUGAAUAUUUGGCUGCUCACCGGGAAGAAUUUGGAGCUAACUGUCAAGCUGUGCCCUCUGUAAUGACUCCUUUCUUCUGCAUCAAAUUAUUCUCUAAUAUAUUCUCAAAUGUGUUUCAUGAUAAUACGUUUCCAAUGCAGGUUAAGUAUCCUAUUUACGAUCAAAAUGUGUACCUCAACAAUCAUCAUAAGAAGACAUUGAAGGAUCAAUAUGGAAUUGAACCUUGCACAUUCCACCAACAUAUUGGCGAGGCUGUAUUCAUUCCAGCCGGCUGUCCUUUCCAAGUGAAAAACCUCCAGUCCACCGUUCAAUUGGCUCUCAAUUUUUUGUCUCCGGAGAGUUUGCCAGAGUCAGUCCGGAUGGCCCAAGAGAUCCGUUGCCUGCCGAAUGAUCAUUUUGCAAAACUGAAGAUGCUUGAGGUAAAAAAGAUCUCCUUAUAUGCAGCAAGUUCAGCUGUCAGAGAAAUUCAGAGAAUAACUCUGGAUCCCAAGUUCAAUCUUGAUGCUAGUUUCGAGGAUCAAAAUUUGACUAGGGCGGUUUCAGAAAACUUGGCAAGAGUGAAUAAACAAAGGAAGGUAUCUUGCAGUUGAGGUUCUGGAGACCUUCGAGAAAUUGUGACGUGCCAUUCAGGAUGGAAACCGAUGCGGAAGAAGAUAUAGUGAUUGACUGAUUGUACAUGUAGUAUAUUGUGACAUGAAAGGAACACAUUCUGAUUCGUAUUGGAUAGCAUAUUGGCCUUACCUGUAUAUUGCGGAUUAGGACUAACGGCAGAGCUCAUGUAGACAAUAUAAAAAGCAUUAGAAAGCUGAAUACCUAACCGAAUUCUAUCUUGUGAAAUUUUUAGUACAAUAACAGCUGUUGGUAAUUUCACGAGAACUGAUGGUUUUUAUGGACA